AUGACGGGAGGUUUUCUGAGUGUUCCCAUCAUGAGGCCUAACCACUGCUGGACCGUCCUGCAGGUGUCCAUCUUGGCAGUGCUGCUUCUCACCUUAAACGCUGACAGUGAGGAUUCAGACUGUGAAGUUGAUCUUAAAGUGGCCCGUGACACAGUUUAUGAAGCUCUCCCUGGAGAAGACCUCAGGAUUAACUGCAUUGUUGCGUUCUGCAAUGACUCACCACCAACAGUCACCUGGUAUAAACGAGAGAAAACUGACGUCCCUGUCGAUGUCAGCAGUCGCAUUAAAACGGAGUGGAAACGUGUAAACCAUUCAGAGGGAAUAUCGUUUUUGAUCUUCCAAAAAAUAUUCAGAAAUGACUCGGGUGUGUAUCAGUGUCAAAGUGGAGGCAUUGUGAGUCAUAACAUCAACGUCUCUGUCCACGGUGAACUUUCUCUUUUUCUCGCAGAAGCCCCCACUUUGAAACCUGACACCUCAUCAGAUCUGUUUAUAUACAUCUACUUUGGUGCUGGGAUUGUGGCAUUCGUCACUGUAGUGAUAAUUAUUUCCAUUGUAUCAAUGCACGGAUGUAAAGGGAAAUCAAAGAAAAAGACGCAAUCUGAAAAUCAGUACAUUGCAAUCCCAAUGGAACCCUUCCCACAUGCCGGCUUCCAGCCCUCGCCGAGAGGAAGCCCCUCUGCACCGCCACCUCGGAGGUCCACUCGGAGAAAGCCACUGCCCUCACAACCCAAUGAGCUGCCGUUACCGAGAGACAAUGAGCACGUUUACAGCAAGGUGAAGGAGGACAGAGGGAGACCGAGGAAAAAGGCAGAGGAAGAGGGGAGUUCUCUUGUGUAUGCUGCGCUCAACCAUCAGGUGCCAGCGAGACCUGCUGCUCGGCCGCGGAGGCCAAUGGAGGAGACUUCAGAGUACGCGGCUAUCCGUGUGAAAGACCCAUCACCCAUGAGACUAAGUGACUUCAAAGAGGACGACAGUUUGCGUUAAGUGGAGUAAUGUGGUCUUGAUGUUGGAGGAGAAUUAAAAUUUGAUACAGUGACCCUCUUUGGUAAAAACGGCUCGCUUUUGUCAGAGCAUGAGGAUGCUACAGCAUGGACAACCCACCAAGUCCACAUGAGACUUUGCUUAAUGCUAAAUUAGCAUCUCCACCAUUUGGUCAAUACAUUAACGGCCCUACACACCAACUUUUGACUCUGGUUACUUAGACCUCUGCUGAAGUUGAAGUUUGCUGGGAAUUUGUGAGGUCAUCAUGUACCAAAUGUGCCAGACUGAGAAGGGGAUAAGCACAUGUGGUUUUCACUCUAUUUCAAUUCAGCCAGAGGACCGGAGACAACUCGGUACU